AUGGCUACGUCGUCCGCUGACGAAGCGCCGCCGCCGCCAAGUGAAUCCGCUGCCACCACCGAACCCGUGGACUUGACCUCAAGCCCUCAGUCCCUCCAUCGCGCUGUCCAUGCUCGCCGCGCCGAAUACACCAGACCACACAGGCUCAAACUCAAGGUCGGCACUUGGAACGUAGCCGCCUGCCCCGGCACCGAUAAGGACUUGGCCACAUGGUUUGUCUCUGGCAAGGGUCUUGACAAGCGCCUGGCGAAUCUCGACGGCUCGCACAAUUCUGCCCUUGACGACGGCAUAGAGACCGUCACUGUCGCUGGCAGCGGCGACAGCAGCGGUGACGAUGGCCCCGGCUCCAUACGCCUGAUUGGUAACGAUGAUAUCGGCCUCUACGUGCUCGGCUUGCAGGAGAUUGUCGACCUCAAUCCCGUCACGCAGUAUGUCUACUCGGAUUCAAAUCCCACCGCGAAAUGGAGGGCUGCGUUGGAGGCUGCGCUGCCCAAGGGAUACGAGCUCGUAACGUCAGAGCAGUUGUCUGGUUUGCUGCUGCUAGUAUACGCCUCUCCCGAAAUUGCUCCGUCUAUCGGGAACGUGAGCACCAAGGCUGUCGGCACCGGCGUUGGAGGCUGGUUUGGAAACAAGGGCGCUGUUGUCACUCGCAUUGUACUUGGAGAGACGACCAGACUGGUCUUUGUCAAUUGUCACCUCUCAAGCGGCAACGACUCGUCCGCCCUAGAACGCCGGUGCUGGGAUGUCGGUGCCAUCGUCGACCGCACGCAGUUUGAUCCCGUGGCCCACGCCGGUGUUGUGGAAGAUGAUCCUGAGAGAAUUGGCGAUGAGGACUUUGGUUUUUGGUUUGGCGAUCUCAACUUUCGGCUGGAUGACAUUCCAGGCGAUGAUAUCAGGCGCAUCCUGAUGCUACAUACAAGGGGAGAAUACGAUUUGAAGAAGAAACCCACUGGCCAUGCCGGUGAUGGCGAGGAUGUCAUCGUUAUGCGCGCCUAUGACAGCAGCGGGGAUGAUGAUUCGGUGUCUUUGCCUGAUCCGGACGAUUUUGACCCAGACCCGAAAGAUGACCCGGCUUCACUACAGGCGACUUUAGACUCUCUGCUGCCGCACGAUCAAUUACGGCGAGUGGUCAAGGAGAAAAGGGCUCUUCACAAUGGCUGGCGUGAGGGGCUAAUCACAUUCCUGCCGUCCUACAAAUAUGAUGUGGGAACCGUGGGAUUGUUCGAUUCUAGCGACAAACGCCGCGCCCCAAGCUGGUGCGACCGCAUACUGUUCCGUUCGAGGAAAGACAAGGACGACUACGAGAAGAAGGUGGAAGAGGAGGAGCAGUCUCGGAAGAGGGACGAAGAGAUGAAAGCCCGAGGUAUGGAUCAUGCAGGGGACGAUGAUGAGGUUUUGUUUGACUAUGACCCCGACAACGAUGGCGAGACACAACCCGGUGGCCAGCCAGGUCUGGACUACGACGAAUAUGAUGAAGCAGAUGAGGGCGCUGAUGAGGGAGAUGGUGCCAAGGAAGGCUCGGUCGACCGGAUACAUCUCGAUGUAUAUACGUCACACCAACGGAUCAUGUCUUCCGAUCACAAGCCUGUCACAUCCAUCUUCACUGUUGACUAUGAUGCCGUUGUCCCAGACCUCAAGGCCAAAGUGCAUGCCGAGGUUGCCCGGGAACUCGACCGUGCAGAGAAUGAGGGCCGUCCCAGCAUCACUAUUGUUCCGGACAGUCAUGAGCUCCAUAAAGAGACCACGACGACAUCUGGAACUACGGAUGAGGUGGUGGAUUUUGGCCAUAUACAAUAUCUAAGAAAGAAAUCAAUGUCACUCACGCUCGCCAACACCGGCCGCGUACCAGCAGUCUUCUCGUUCGUUGAUAAGCCAACGACAGAAGAAACCAGCGACUCGGAUCCGCCGCUUUGGCUGACGACUUCCUUCUCCAGGCCUGAAUCGAGUGCCGUCAGUGGCGAUAUCGUCGAUCUGGGUAAGGAGGUCACGCUCGAGCCAGGCGAGACCCUCGGUGCUGUUCUCGACGUCCUGGUAGACGACAUUUCUCAUGUGAGGUUGCUCAACGAUGGCGAGUCGAAGCUUGAGGAUAUCCUAGUAUUACGCGUUCAGGAAGGGAGGGAUCACUUCAUUCCCGUCCGAGCGACAUGGACACCAACUUGCAUUGGGCGUUCUAUUGAUGAGCUAAUCCGUGUUCCCGACGGCGGCAUCCGGGCAUUCAUCCGGAAGACUUCAGAGAAAAGCGGCCGCAUUGGGUCGAUACCAUAUGAUCUAGAAGUUCAUGGGUCUGCUCCAAAGGAACUAUUCAAGCUGACGGAGGCCCUUGAGACUCUCACGGAACGUGUGCUGGCAGACGAGCAGAUGCUUGAUGCUCUCAGCGUCCCCGCGGACAAGGCAGGCUGGCCGUUCGAGAGCUUCACGACAGGCUCGCGUUUGGACCAUAUUGUCUCCGUCAUCGACACUCUUGAUGACGACAGGCCGGUUGGUAGCGCUUUUGCCCCGGAGGUCUCAUCCAUGUGUCGUCUGGAGACGGUCAGCGAGGUGCUGCUUCUCUUCUUGCGUGGUCUUACAGAUGGUAUUAUCACCAUUCCUCUCUGGUCCCGUAUAGAGCAGGCAUCGCUCUCUUCGAUCGGCCCAUCAUCGUCCCCGUCGAAUGUCUCGCCGAACGAAGACGACAAAGCCGCCAUCUUGGACAUCCUGGGUACGGCGCCGAAUCACAACAUUUGCUUCGUAUUCCUCACAACCACCCUGUCCAAGCUGAUCUCGGAGCUGUCGCCGAUAACCAAGGCGGAGCUGGACGCCCUCAAGUCACCCAGCAACCCUCGCGCGGUCCUAGGGAUGUUAGGACGCAGGUCCCUGAGCUUCCGGCAGAAUGCAGCUGCACCGACAGCGGAGGCGCUCGCAGCUCUAGAGAGGCGGAGAAAACGGGAGCGGAGGCUGGCGGAGAUAUUCGGGCAUGUGGUGUGCAGGGCGCAGAAGCCAGCAAGGGAGAAAGACAGGAGAGCUCUUGAGGACAAGCAGAGGGCCGUGGUGGAGCUGUUCUUGAAGAGGAGGGAGGAAACAUGA